AUGGACGUCCUCGCCCCCAGCAGCGGGGACGUCCACGACGUCCUCGCGAACGUGGACGCGAUGGCGGGCGGGAUGAAGAAAGCGCUCGCCGCGCGACGCGACGAGGCGUUGACCGCGCUAACCGAUUUCGUCCGCGCGAACGAGGACGCGGAACGCUCGCCGAACCUCAGGGACGCGAAACAGGACAGGCUCGACCUCGUGUUUAAGCUCCUCUCCCUCCGCGAGCGCAUGGCGAGCGACGAGGCGCUGUGCGUCGCCGCGCUGAAGACGCUGAAGAUCUUGUCGCGCAAAGAGGAGAACCGAUUGGCGUUCACGCGACGCGCGACGCAGGGCGUGUGCGACGUGCUGCGUAAUAACGGACGGAAGAUAUCGCGCGCGGUCGCGAGCGAGGGCGCGUGCGUGCUGUUGAACGCGUGCUACGAGAGGGAUAACGUGGACGCGGUCAUCGCGUGCGGAGGCGUCGAGCCGCUCGUGCGGUUCCUGAGCGACGGCGGCGGAUUCGGGGACGACGACGACGGAACCGGAACGAACGAGGAGGAGCGUCUUCAUCAGUCCAGAUCGAGACCGCAGCCGCCGAAGCCGCCGUCGUCGCCGUCGUCGUCGUCGCUUCGCUCGAACGCCGCGGGGGCGAUCCAGUCGAUCUCGUACACGGAACGCGGGCGCGCGCGCGUGCGGGACUGCGACGGCGUCAACGUGCUCGUGCGCGCCCUGCGAGACCUCGUCGGCGGGGGGGGGAAGACGAAGACGGCGACGACGACGACGACCGCGGACGCGUCCUCCUCCUCCUCCUCCUCCUCCUCCUCCUCGCUCGCGCUCGCGCGCGUCGUCGGCGCAAUCCACAACAUGACCUCCGACGCGGAGGCGGUGCGCGCGGCGCGGACGCUCGGCGGCGUGCCCCUCAUCGUCCCGCUGUUGCGUUCGCGCGCGCCGUCCGUCGCCGGGAGCGCCGCGGGGGCGGCUCAGAACAUGAGCCGCGAGGCGGCGUCGAGGCGGAUGAUUCGCGACGCGGGCGCGAUUCCGGCGCUCGGGGAGCUGCUCGUCGUGGGCGAGGUUCCCGCGCAGGUGUGCGCCGCGGGGGCGCUGUUGAAUAUCUUGGGGCCGGAGCUGAGCCGCGGCGGCGGCGGCGCGGGGAGCGGGGUUCGCGCGGAGGAGGAGGAGGAGGAGGCGGAGGCGGAGGCGACGACGUCGGACGACGACUCGGACGACGAGCCGCCGCCGCCGCCGCCGCCGCCGCCGGACGACGGCGCGGACGGCGCGGCGCGGAGGAGACGAGGGCUCGGGAAGCUCAUCUCCAGCGCGCUCGCGUUGACGAUGGUGUGGGACGCGUUGUACGACGGCAAGCCGGACGUUCGGGCGCCGCCGGCGCCGGCGUGA